ACAUUUACAUAUUACUGCUGUCAAAGUGUGUUGUGAUCAUUGAUUUUUUAGGUUAUUAAUUUUUAUAUGAACGAAAAAUAAGUAUCUAGGAUUAAUUUAUUAACUAAUAAUCAAAAUGCUAAGUGCAUUUAGAAAUACAGUGCGAGUUCCAUUAAUCAACAUAGGAAGGCUAUUUCAAACGUCUACGCCUGUAUCAUCAGACAAGUUUGACCACAAACGGAUUCCUCAAAAUGAUGAGGGUGUUCAAGGAGAAAAAGUUGUGGAUCUCGAUUCUGUGUUGAAAACGAGACAGAACAUAUUUCCCACACUGGAAUCAGAUAAUUUACUGUUUGACGGUGUCCCAUACAAACAGCUACAUAUCUGCAACAUUAGAGUGAGCCACAACAAUACUAUCUUCACCCUCACAGACCCGGAAGGUACUGUCAAAGUCAUCAAGUCAUGUGGCAUCGAGGGUUUUAAGAAUACAAAGAAGGGCACAAAUAUUGCUGCUCAGACCACUGCUAUUAGUUUUGCUGCUAAAGCCAUUGAUAGAGGUUUGAAGAAUAUAAGGGUCAAAGUAAGAGGAUUGGGACCUGGAAGAUUGGCUGCUGUCAAGGGCUUACAAAUGGGAGGGCUUCAAGUGGUAUCAAUCACAGACAACACCCAUGUUUCAUGGAACCCGCCCAGACCAAGGAAAGCAAGAAGAUUGUAGUUAUAGUAUAGUCAUGAAUUAUUUUGUAAAUUAGUCAAUAAAAACUAUUAUAUAGUAAAAUUA